AUGUUCGGACCAAUUUGUACCGGCAUUUUUUUGUUCCUCGCCAUUUGGGGAUCGAUUUUUAUGGCGAUUCUCGGCGCAUUGUUCUAUAAUCAAUCCGUCGGUUUAUUCGAGGACCUUCCCAAAGAGGCGAAAAGCAUGGAAACAAAGUCAUGGAGUGCGCGCGUCGACAAUUUCAACUCCCUCUACCAGCAAAACGCCUACAACUGCUGGAUCGCUUGCGGCGUCUACGUCGGCAUUGCGCUUCUCCUCUCCCUCCGAGCGUGCUGUCUCGUCAAACGAUAA